CCUCCAGCUAACCCCGAGAGCUUUGGCCUCUACUUCGUGCUGGGUGUCUGCUUUGGCCUGCUGCUAACCCUGUGCCUGCUAGUCAUCAGCAUCUCCUGCGCGCCCCGCCCGCGGCCCCGGGCCCCCACGCAGCGCCGGGACCCCCACAGCACCCUAGAGGCGGAGGACGACGACGAGGACGAGGAGGACACGGUGACGCGGCUGGGCCCCGACGACACACUGCCUGGCCCGGAGCUGUCCGCGGAGCCCGACGGGCCCAUGAGCGUUAACGUCUUCACGUCCGCAGAGGAGCUGGAGCGGGCGCAGCGCCUGGAGGAGCGGGAACGGAUCCUGCGGGAGAUCUGGCGCACCGGGCAGCCCGACCUGCUGGGCACCGGCACCCUGGGGCCCAGCCCCGCAGCCACGGGCACCCUGGGCCGCAUGCACUAUUACUGACCGGGCCUCGUUCCCACAGCAGGGCGCUGCGGGCGCCGGACGUGCACAGGGGCUCAUAGCCAUCGCGGGACCUUCCCCUGCGGGCUUAAGCCGGCCCCGCCCCCACACUCCCACGGUGCUAUUGGGUGUGAAUCCCCGCCCUCUUGGGAGGCGCCCUUCCCCAGUCCAGCCUGAAACCCUGGGGGGAGGGCAGGACACAGGGUCCCCACCCCCGCUCCAGGGGACAGUUAAGAGGUGAAGUGACCAAUGAAAGCUGCGUUCUUAGUGA